AUGGCCAAGACGGAGCAGAAAGCAUGCCUGAUCGUCAUUGAUGGCUGGGGUAUCCCCUCCAAGGACUCGCCCGCCAACGGCGAUGCCAUCACCAACGCCAACACCCCCGUCAUGGACGGGCUGUCCAAGAGCGCCACCGGCUUCACGGAGCUCGAGGCCUCGUCGCUCGCCGUCGGUCUACCCGAGGGCCUCAUGGGCAACUCCGAGGUCGGCCACUUGAACAUUGGCGCCGGCCGUGUCGUAUGGCAGGACGUUGUGCGCAUCGACCAGACCAUCAAGAAGGGCGAACUUGCACAGAACGAUGUCAUCAAGAAGACUAUCGACGCGGCCAAGAACGGCAACGGCAGACUACACUUGUGCGGUCUCGUCUCCCACGGUGGUGUGCACUCGAAGCAGGAGCACCUCUACGCCCUUCUGAAGGCCGCCAAGGACGCUGGCAUCCCCAAGGUCUUCAUCCACUUCUUCGGUGACGGCCGUGACACCGACCCCAAGUCUGGCGCUGGCUACAUGGAGGAGUUGGUCGGAAAGACCAAGGAGAUCGGCAUUGGUCAGAUCGCAACCGUCGUCGGACGAUACUACGCCAUGGACCGCGAUAAGCGCUGGGAGAGAGUCGAGCUCGCCCUGAAGGGGCUGGUGCUCGGCGAGGGCGAGGAGAGCUCGGACCCGGUCAAGACGGUCAAGGAGCGCUACGAGAAGGGCGAGAACGACGAGUUCUUGAAGCCCAUCAUUGUGGGUGGAAAGGACGCCCGUAUCCAGGACGGAGACGAGGUCUUCUUCUUCAACUACCGAUCCGACCGUGUACGCCAGAUCACGCAGCUGCUGGGAGGCGUCGACCGCUCGCCGCGACCCGACUUCCCCUACCCCAAGAUCAACCUCGUCACCAUGACCCAGUACAAGCUGGACUACCCCUUCGAGAUUGCCUUCAAUCCGCAGCACAUGGGUAACGUGUUGGCCGAGUGGCUGGGCAAGCAGGAGGUCGAACAGGUGCACGUUGCCGAGACGGAGAAGUACGCCCACGUCACCUUCUUCUUCAACGGCGGCGUCGAGAAGGCUUUUGCCCUCGAGACCCGUGAUGAGUCGCAGGACCUGGUGCCCUCCAACAAGAGCGUCGCCACCUACGACAAGGCGCCCGAGAUGAGCGCGGCCGGCGUCGGCAAGCAGGUGGUCAAGCGCCUGGCGGAGCAGAAGUUCCCCUUCGUCAUGAACAACUUUGCGCCGCCCGACAUGGUCGGCCACACUGGUGUCUACGAGGCUGCAAUCGUGGGCUGUGAGGCUACCGACAAGGCCAUUGGCGAGAUCUACGAGGGAUGCAAGAAGGAGGGCUACAUCCUGUUCAUCACGGCGGACCACGGAAACGCCGAGGAGAUGAAGUUCCCCGACGGCAAGCCCAAGACGUCGCACACGACCAACAAGGUCCCCUUCAUCAUGGCCAACGCCCCCGAGGGCUGGAGCCUGAAGAAGGGCGACGAGGGCGUUCUGGGCGACGUUGCCCCCACCAUCCUCGCGGCCAUGGGUCUGCCCCAGCCCGAGGAGAUGACUGGCUCGAGCUUGCUGGUCAAGGCGUAG